GUCAGAUUGGGGCGGUUUAAUUUUUAUUGUCCAACAGGGAGUCGGAACACAACUAAAAUGGUUACGAUUGCGCUUUUUUGUCCAUUCAAUAAAUUAUUAUUUUAUCAAUCUAGGGUGAGCCUCUAAUUUCAAAACUAUUUUCCAAUUGCUCCCAGUGGAUUUAUUAAUUUUCCUUUUGGUAUUCAAAAGCAAAUCAUAAUUCCAGCCACUUCAGUGCAGUUUUAAGUUCGACCCGGGCAACAUCGUACAAUGUCGAGUCAAAUAAUAUUUCUAUUUUUGCUUAUUUUCAUUCAACAUUCUAGAAUUCACUGUUCCAAGCAAUUGGAAAACAUUAGAAAGGACUACUGCGAAAUUUAUUUUCGUGAACUUGGCGAAAACAGAUCGUGCUCAAUAACUGAUAAUAUUGUAACCACUGAAGAUUAUCAAAUGAGUUUAGCUAUUUCUACUCUACAAAUAAAUUGGAAAAACCCAGUGUUUCACCGUUGGAAUAUUUACAAAAUAUCUAAUGAAACUGAUUACGAACUUGUUAAAAUUAUUGUGCGUGGAAUUCGAAGUGAAGUCGAUAUGAGAAUAAGUCCUGGUGUACAUUAUCUUGGCCUACUUGGCAUUCGGCAAAUUGGUGACUACAAUAUUUACCUUCCAUCCUUGGUGAUAACUGAGACGGAUGUACAUUACGCAAAUGGACCGCAAAAUGUAACUUUUAAAUAUGUAUAUGACAGUCCACUUAAUUCCAUGGUUAUAAACAAUUACAUUCGGAAGGCCAUGAACAACACCAAGCAAAUCGAAAUUAAUAAUACAAAUACUUUAGAAAUACCGACACUAACAAUGGAAGAAAAUGUUUUUCAUGGCAAAAAUAACAUGAGCGGCGUCACAUUUACUGGAUUAAAUGUAGAAGGUUUGACGGCUAAAACAUUUGAAAAUUUAACAAGCUUGAGUCGGCUUAUUUUCGAUAAUGUUGUUUUAAAAGAUUUUUCGUUUUUGAGAUCUUCUACACUUCAGGAAUCAUUAACAUAUUGCUUUAUGAAUGUAGCGAAUGUGGUGGACUUGAAAAACUUUGACAAAUUCACGAAUCUUGAAACCAUAGAAGUUAACCGAUAUAAAUCCUUUGAAAAUCUUACUGCUUUCAUAUGUGAACCAAACAAAAGGGACUGUAAAUUUACUUUGGGAAUUAAUAAGGUUGCAUGCCCCUUUCAAUGCAAUUGCACAUAUGAUCGAGAAGAGUCACGUUUGGAAAUUGAUUGUUUGCAGAAAAAUCUCACAAAUAUUCCAUUGCUACCGGUUCCGAAAAAAGAUCAUUCACUUCUGGUCUUUCAUGGCAACCUGUUGACUGAACUGCCCUACAACUCAUUAGAAGGCUAUAAAAACAUAAAAUCCUUGGACGUGUCACACAACCAACUAACAAGUCUAAGCGUGAGCCAACUGCCUGAAAGUCUUUCCUAUCUGGACAUCAGACAUAAUAAUAUUACUACCCUAAGUCCAGAGGUUGUUGAGUAUCUACACAGUGUUAAUACUUUUAAUCAGUUUGGCAACCAAUGGAUUAUCUACUGCGAUGAACACUACUUACAAGAUUUCUUUAGGAAUAAAUCAAAAUUGUUACGGAUAAAUAAAUACCAAUUUAAAUUCAUAAUGAAUUACAUGGACGCAAAAUUUUAUCCAUCCUUGAGAGAGUUUUUUGUUCAAUAUACAGAUGCAUAUAUAUAUAAUUAUCUACAAGCAAAUGAAGAUGAAAUGAUAAGGGCCUAUGACAGUUCGUAUAAAUACUUAAAGACAAUGGAAAUAUUAAAUCUCUUCAUUAGGAUGUUUUCGGGGGAGUUCGAUGAAAUUAUUCUCCACCAUCUCAACGCGCCCUGUCCUUACAGAUGCUCAUGUUGUGUCGAACGGCAAACGGGUGAAUUAAUUAUAAAUUGUCGGAAUUUAACUCUUCAGUUUUAUCCAAGGCUACCGUACUCGAUUCCGUACAACACGACGUUAUAUCUUGAUGCAAAUGAAAUAAAUUAUCCCAGUUCUGCAAAUUAUACAGAAAUACAGAAAUUGCACAUGUCCCAAAACCUGUUAACAGAAAUGUCACUUACUCUGCUGUCAAAUAACCUAACUUACCUAGACGUACGCAAUAAUCGUUUAAAUUAUCUGGAUGAUGAUGUGGUAGCCUUCCUUGAAAAUCGGGAGAACAUCACUAAGAUAGAACUUUCUGGGAACCCAUGGGAAUGCAAUUGCACGAAGAAGACCUUCCUAUCUUAUCUCAGGAAGCACGAGCCGAUGGAAUACGAAACAGCCCUGCGCCGCGUUAACAUAACUCAGGAUAAGUGUCCUGCAGACUGCAUUUGCUGCGUCUACACCUCCAAUUCGGAGUCGCUUACACUGAUGAUCGACUGCAGUGGAAAGGACCUUCACGAAAUACCACCAUUACCCACACCAACACAUGGACAAACAACUCUCAUCUUUGAAAGAAAUAAUCUCGAGAAAUGGCCAUCCAGCUUGCUACCAGGAUACUCAAGUGUGACACGACUUUAUUUGGCCAACAACAGACUUUCCGAUAUUGAUCACCUACCAGAGAAACUUAUACACCUGGACAUCAGUAACAAUAAUUUCGCGACUCUAAACGGUCGAGCACAGGGAUUCCUGCAGAAAAGAAUGAAUUCAUCCCAGAUGAAACUAUCACUUUUGGGGAAUCCGUGGACUUGCAGUUGCAAAGAGAAGGACUUUCUGGUAUUCGUAAAGGCGCAAGCGAGAAAUAUUGCAAACCCUUCUGCUGUUCAAUGCAGUGGUACUGGACGAUCGUUGAUUGAGAUCGAACAGACUGAUAUAUGCCCCUCGGUUCAUAUCUACUUCACCUCCCUCGCCGUCUCUCUGCUGAUCCUUGCUUUGUCCCUUAACGUCUUUGUCUGCUUCAGGCGACCCAUAAUGAUCUGGUUCUACGAGCACGAAAUAUGCCUCAGUUUGGCCGCCCGCCGGGAACUCGACGAGGAGAAGAAAUUCGAUGCCUUCCUAUCAUUCACCCACAAGGACGAGGAGCUUGUCGAGGAGUUCGUGGACCGCCUGGAGAACGGCAAGCACAAGUUUAGGCUAUGUUUCUACCUGCGAGAUUGGUUGGUGGGCGAGUGCAUUCCCGAUUGCAUUAACCGAUCUGUGCAGGGGUCAAGGCGCAUUAUCAUCCUGAUGACGAAGAACUUCCUCCAGUCCACCUGGGGUCGCCUCGAGUUCAGACUGGCGCUACAUGCAACCUCGAAGGAUCGGUGCAAGCGCCUGAUCGUAGUAGUUUAUCCUGAUGUAGAAAACUUCGAUGAUCUAGACAGCGAGUUGAAAGCGUACAUGGUGUUGAACACCUAUCUGGAGAGAAAUCAUCCAAACUUCUGGAACAAGCUGAUGUAUUCAAUGCCACAUGCCAGGCAUUCGAAGAGAAGACGUUCUGAUGCAGAAACCGAGGUAUAAGAACAAAAUACACAUCAUAUGUUAUGAAAAAUAUAUUAUACUUUUUUCCCGUUAAUCUAUCAAAUCUGAACAAUAUAGUAUCAGAUCCAUGCUCUGUCAGUGCAAA